CACACACAUACACACACAAAAUUUUUUUUUAUUGCUUCCACUAUGAGCUCGUCUCCUUCGAUUGAACAAAAAAUAGCAAGCCCCACUCGAUACCAUAAUAGAAACAAUGAACGAUUCAAAGCCAUUAUGGCCGAAAGCCCACCUCGUGAGGUAACCAAAAGCAGUCCUUUACAACCAUCUCGUCUAUCGGAAUACAAGGUAUAUGAGACUGAGAAAUAUGCAACAUAUGAAAUACACAAUGAAGAUCGAGGUGCUUGGCGAGAGAUAGAUAGCCCCAAGCGAGACUCUAUUGUCAGUCCUGUUCACAAAACUCAAGAGACAACAAAAGUUAAAGACAAGGUAGAACCAACCCGCAUUUCACAACCAAGUACACCAGCACCGUCCUCACCACAACCAUCCACUCAAAAAGAAGUGACGGAAAAGCGUCGCAUACCUCAUUAUAUGUUACCAACACGGGCUUCAGGAGAAAAGACAACCAAAGAAACAAAGACACUCGGUCGUCGCUCAAAUGGUGGUAUCACCAAACGAGUGACAACAUCCAAAAUUCCUCGCUAUCGAUCUACAACAAGUAUCAAUGCUAUCGAGGAGAUUCAGAAUGAGAUGAAACCAGGUGAUGCUUAUGUUCCUAUGGCUGCACGUAUCCAACUGUAUGAAAAGGGACUAGGCAAUGCAUCCAAUAAGCAUAUGCCUAUGCCCAACAAGUAUAAUCAACCUUCCCCUCCUCCUUCUCGUUCGGGUUCUCGUCUAUCAACACCUACUAGUAGCCAAAAAAGUCAGGAUCGAUCUGAACCACCUAGUUACCUUCGACCUACUUCAUCCUCUGCUAUUAAAAAACGAAAACCAAAGCAACGUACCAAUGAAGCCAAGCCUUUUCGCUUCACUACAUCUGAUAAUGCAACAUUUAAAGAAAAACUAAGUUUAUGGAGACAAAAAGAACAUGAACAAGGAAAGAAAACUACAAAGCGAAAAGCUGAUCAUGAUCUCAAUGCAUAAUUUAUUUCAUUAAAUAAGCCCCCUUUUGAAAAGUAAAAACAGUCUCGAGAAACAGCCACUUUUUUUUUUUAUGAUGGGUUGCAUUUUUUAGAAAAUU